CCAAGUAGACUUUAUGCAAAAGGCCUGGAUCUGUCCCUUUUGUGUGUCACGUAACCAGUUCCCACCUCACUAUGCGGGUAUGACUGAGACCAACCUGCCAAUAGAGCUCAUCCCACAAUUUAGUACCGUCGAGUACACGCUGCCUUCGCAUUCAG